AUGGAACAGCUGGCAAAGGUCUCGAAGUUCUUGAAGGUCUACAGAGUGCCCAGGGAGCUGCAGUCACGGGUUCACGAUUAUUUACUGCAAGUCUUCCAGAAUCGGGAGCGGGAAGAGACCAAGUCCAUGCUGAUGGGUUGGCUGAAGAAGUCGGAAGUCCUUCGGACAAAAGUGAACUUGGCUUUGACAGGAACUUGCUUGGUCCAGCACCGCUGGUUAAAGCUGCUUCCCACCGAAGUCCUGGCAAAUGUCUGUGACCUUUGUGACAUGCAGUUUCAUCCUCCUCAGCAAGAGCUCAUCGCCGAAGGUGCCAUGGUGAAGAGCUGUUUUUACAUCCGAAGCGGCUCUGUGCAAACCCGCAAUCGAGUGGAAGGGCAGGCAUGGGCAGCAACAUCUGGCGAUGAUACCGAGGAGAGCGAUGAGAUCCAGAAGGAAAUCGAGGCGGCUGACGCAGCAAGUCCCGAUGCAAGGCUGCAAGGAGGGGCCUUCAUCGGAGAGUUUCGGCUCUUCUUGGGGGCCAGCCGAAGCUUCAAGACGGUGACCUGCCUUUCCUUUUGCGAGCUCAUCUCCAUCGACGUGUCCAAGUUCGAGUCCUUGAUGAGCGAAGCGAUGCCCGAGCUCUUUGACAUACUUGUGAUCUACGCUGCAAUCGACCACGAUUGUCCCAAGGCAGUGCUCCACUGCCUGGAGCAGCACGGCAUGUCUCCGGAGAUGCCGCUGCUCUUCGGCGAGGGUGUGCUUCACCACUGCGCCAAGGUGAACGCCGCAGCUUGCGCAGAGCAUUUGAUCCGGGCCCUCGGCGGAGAUGCUGCCCAGGUACGGGAUCAAGAUGGCAUAUCGCCAGUACAGCUGGCUGCUGCCCUGAAGCACAAGAAGGCUUUUUGGGCAAUGAUCCAGGGCAGCAGAAGCACCGGCGUGACGGAAGCCGACGUGUUGCCUAGAGAAGAAAGCCAAGCGAUCACGCCGUCGGCUUGGACGGAUCGAGAUGAGGAGCCGUACACGAUGGCAGGCGUCCAGCAGCUGUUUGCUGCCUGCAACCGGAAUGGCCUCGCUGCGUGCGGGGGAGAGAGCUCGAAGGGUAUGGAGGAUUUGGUGGAAGAGCUGAACACAUGCCAAAGUGAUCUUCUGGUCAUGAACGUCCGGGGCGGGAUGCUUCGGCGGGUGAGGUUAGUGAGGCUUCGCUUGCUGGCCGUCAUCGACGACAACGUGCAUGCAUUGGUGGAGCUCAAUUCAGACGCAUGGUUGAGGGCACGGGAUCAGAAGUUAGGGAAGCUCCCAUACCGGCGCAUGCAGAAGAAUGAAACGGAGGAGGAGGCUACGAAGAACCUGUUGCAAGAGCUGGGCAUUUCGGCGCAUCUAUUGGAGGAGAAGAUGGUGGUGCCCAUCGCGAAGUCAUGCUAUGUCGAGACAAGGACAUCCAUGUCGUAUCCAGGCUUGGAGACUGAAUACAUUGUCUACGCAUCGACGUGGAAGGUCCGAGCACAUGCACUAGACAAGACGACGGAGAUCGGGUUGCCUCUUGGUGAGCCUUUCACCAAGGAGUUCUGCACACCUACUUUCCACAUGGUCAGCAGGCAGUUCUUUUGGCCCGUCCUCCUCAACUUCGCGCCGGCAAAUCAGACCCCCGGUACACCGUCGGAGAGUUUCAGGGCACAUCAGAUGCCUCACGAGGAUCCCGACAACGGAACGGUCAGCUUGAACAACGUCAAGUCAUUUUUCGGCUAUUGA